AAGUUUGAGUAUCAUAAUGCAUCAUUUAUAUGUUCCAAUUCCGUCCAAAUUGAAAAACAGCAGUGAAGCAAAUUAAGGCACUGAGCCACUUUCGUUGUUCCGAGCUCUGCAUUCGACACUCCCACUUAACAUGUUUACACGCAUAAAACAACUCCAGACCUUAAGCCGCGCUUCUACCAACCAGUUCCGCUUCGUGAGAACCGACGCCGGUCCAAAUGGGCGGCGGUCUAAUAGGUCUCAAACAUUUGCCGCUAAAAAACCAGUCGAGAAAUCGGAGUGGUGGGUAGUAGACGGAGAGAUGCACGAGAUUGGAGAUCACGUGCCUCCGCGCGAGCGUUUUGUUAUCCCAAGAGAUAACGUCCCCAACAGACGCCGCAAGCAGCUCAGAGAGCAGUUCAUGCGCCGAACUCGCCUCCUUCUCAAGGAUUCGGAGCAUGAGCCUUGGUGCAAAAGAUAUAUGGAACUAUAUCAGGAACUGAGGGAGAAUUGGGAAAGGCUGUAUUGGGACGAGGGAUUCUCUAAAAAGAUUGCUCAGGAUCAUGCAAACUAUGAGUCUGCUGAGGACGAUGAUCAAGAUUUUAACCCUCAUAGGAGCAGGAGACCCGAGCAAAUGCAGAUGAAGGAUCAAGGUUUUGGGAGAAAAAGGCAAGAUGAUACAUGGGAAAAGGUCAACCAAAUUAGGGACAAAUUUGAAUUUGAUAGAGAGAAGAGAAUGCAGGAGAAAGCAUUUGCACCAAUGAACAGAGGAAUGCCUAUGGAAUUACCUGAUCGGAAUAUGCGGAACCGGCCAUUUGAUACCCAAAGAUACUUCACGGAAGAAAGGGACUCCGGGGAGGACUGAAAUACUAUUUUUAAAAGGCGUCGCCCUUCAACUUUAAGGCCAAAUUCCCUAGGAUCUGGGGAAGAAUUACAAUGAAAAUCUGCUAGAAGAAGAGCCUUAGUUGUUUGUAUUUGGCUCUUAAUAAUUGUAGCUGUCUACUGACUGAACAUUGCCUCUCUAACCAGCAAGCAAUGAAGUUCCUGAUGAUGCAACUAAUUAUUUAACCUAGCUGUAGUCAGUUCAGUGAUUUUGGUCAGUCGGUUGGCUUGAUUGUAAAAAAAAGGAAAAUGCUUUUAGAUGUAUGAAUUUUUUGGCUUCUUUUUGUAAGAUCAUUACUUUUACAAUCUUCAUUUUUUAUUU